GCGGGGCGUGUGUGGGCAUGUGAGGACACUCCUCCUCACCAAUCAGUGCACAGGGGAGUGUCUGCUCACGCCCCCAACCUCACUCGGCUCGUUUUGGCUCGCUUCAGCCCCACUCCAAAACGGUGCGAGUUUUAGGGGCUAAGCAGGGCUGAAGCGAGCUGAGUCGUGCUGGUUUUUGGUAGUCGAAACGCGAGCUGUGUCGGGCUGAAGUGAGCUGAAAAAGGGUAGUGGAAAAGGGCCAUUAGAGUCACCAGUUAACCUAACCUGCAUGUCUUUGGACUGUGGGGGAAACCGGAGCACCCGGAGGAAACCCACGCGGACAACAUGCAAACUCCGCACAGAAAGGCCCUCGCCGGCCCCGGGGCUCGAACCCGGACCUUCUUGCUGUGAGGCGACAGCGCUAACCACUACACCACCGUGCCGCCCUAUUCCCACUGACGUCCUCCUGAGUGAAAUUGAUGUUGAUAUCCACUGCAUUGAUGUGCUGAGAGAAGGCUUCCACCUCAUGGGUUUUGAUUUUAACCCAGGUAUCAUCCACAUAUCUGAACCAGUGGCUGGGAGCAACUCCUGAAAAAGUGGUCAAAGCUUUAUGUUCCACUUCCUCCAUGUAAAGAUUGGCCACAAUAGGGGACACCGGUGAGCCCGUGGCACAUCCAUGCGUCUGUCUGUAGAAACUUUCAUUAAACUGGAAAUAAGUGGUGGUCAGGCAGGACUGAGGAAGCCUUUCGGAUGAGAGGUGAAACGUCUUCAAGAAUCUUCAAGCAAGUCCAGCUGCUCUCUUUUACCGCCCACAGUUACUGCGGCCUGGAUGACUGACAAUCUUCACAGACUUCUAAUCGAGAAUUUUCCGAACUCGUUUCGCUCGCGCGCGCGCUCUGGUGGCCAUUAGAACCCGGAAGUGUUUACCGAGUUCUAAUAAGGAAGCUGUGCGCGUGCACGACGCGGAUUAUUUUUUUUGUGGUUUUUGCGGCUUUCUGGCGGCGGCGGGGUCUGAGGGGAACCUGGAGCAGCUCGCACUGCUGGCGGACCCAGAGCGGCGUGUUUAAUGAGAAGCGGCUGGGAGCUAACUGAGCUAACCGCGCUAACUGAGCUAACCGCGCUAACCGAGCUAACCGAGCAGUGAGGACAGCCAGCCGCUUGGUGCAGGAGAAACACAUUACAGGAUCACCACACCGUGUCGGUUUCACUCAGCAGCGCACUUUAACACUUUAACACGCUCUGAAGAAUUCUGUUCAUUUCUGACUCGGCUCGUCCAUGUUUCCGUGACGUCACACACAAGCGCCGGGGUCUGACGUCAGAGCUGCAGUGACAGGAGCUGAGUGUGUGUGUUGGUUACAGAGCAUUGGUCAGACCCAUGUGUCGAUGGAGAGGCGUGCUGCUGCUGCAGCGUCUGUGCUGGACGAGUCAUGUGACCCAGGCUCUGGCUCUGUGCGUGCUGACGUUCGGUGUGCUCCUGCCCCUGUGCUGCCAUCGCUGUCUCUACUCCUACUACUUCCUGAAGUCCUGGUACCUGGAGCAGAAGAGUGAUGAGGCCCUGAGGCGGAGCUAUGAGGACGGACAGGAGGCGCUCGCAUACUGGCGGGACGUUGUGGUGGGCGGAGCUGUGCAGGGGGACGUUUCCGAGCAACCAGAGCUGCUGGUGACGGUGGUGACGGCACGCAGGGUCGAUGGGCUGCAAUAUCACUACCUGCUGCAGGUGAUGCGGCGGUUGGACGUCCUCCUGCAGGGGUGCGGUGACACCCUUUCUGCAGCUGUGCUGGUGUGCGACGUUGAAAGCAGUCCCCAAGACAACGAGGACGCCGUGCUGGUGGAGAAGCGGUUCCGUGUGGUGAGGCGGGGGAAGGGCAUGGACCAGUACACGAAUGUGUUUGAGAAGGAAAAGAGAGAUUAUGUGUUCUGUCUGCGUCAGAGCAUGGAGACGGUGAAGCCGAGGAACGUGGUGGUGCUGGAGGAUGACGCUCUGCCCAACACCGACUUCUUCUCCAUCAUCCGUGAUUUACUCAGCCGCCGGUUCAUUUUACGCUCACUGUACGUUAAAUUAUAUCAUCCUGAACGGCUGCAGCGCUACUGGAACCCGGAGCCGUACCGAAUCCUGGAGUGGGUGGGGCUCGGCAUGUUUGGGGCGUCAACGAUUCUUCUUUUCCUGGCCGCCUUCCCUCGAUUCUCUCCGCCCUUCUCCAUGCCUCUCUUCCUCUUCCUGAUGGCCUACAUCAUGGUGGGGACAGAGCUUAUAGGGCGGCACUACCUGUUGGAGCUGAGGCGUGUCUCCCCACAGCUGUAUGCUGUGUCUCCAGCCACCGAGUGCUGCACGCCCGCCAUGUUGUUCCCGGGGAACACGUCCUUCCAUGCCGCUGAGCUGCUGGACGCUGCCACAUGCAUGAGGGGAAACGCCAAGGACAUGGUGCUGUACCGCCAUGCAGGCUCCGCCCACAGCCUCGAACCUAAUGCUAUACAACACAUUGGGGCGUUUUCCUCUGUCAGAGCAAAUCCACUGCACCCACAACUCCUCUGAUCCACGGAUCUGCCCCUGUGGGUCUAUGAGAUCAGUCUCAGUCUGAAUCAGUUGGGUUGUCCACUUGUCAAAAAAUUGUUGAAAAUAAUUCAGAAUCAAACUGGAUAUGAAUCAGUAAUCAUUCGUACUGUAGAGGCUGGUCAGAAUCAGUUUCUCUCUUUCCCACUGAGACCUCAACACAUGGGCUUGGAUCAACUCUACAACCAUCAGAUGGAGAGAACUGUGUCUCUGUCCUGGAUCUCUUUUCUGCACUGGACCUGGAAGUGCCUUUUCCCUCCAUCAGGAAUGAAACCUUUGACCUUCACUGCCGCUGUCUGAGCUCAAUGGAGACUCGGUGUUUGUUUAUACACACAGACAGCUGACUCUCAUCCUGGCAGGCUGAUUUGACCUUGACCUUUAGUGGUGCUCACCAUGCAUGUUAGACAGCUUCCUCCCGAUCUUAUUGGCUGUCUGUGAUAUGCAAAUCAGUCAGAUAAUGCUGUCAUAAUCAGCUGUCGGACACGCGGGAUUACCUUCAGCACUCAUUAAUGAGUCUUGAUGCUCAGCUCUUGUACACUACCUAUUGCAUUUUGUCCUGUUUUUACUGCUGCAGUGAAACACAGUUAUCUGUCUGUAGGGCUGAAUCGAUCACGCUGAGCAGAGAAUGGGUAACACUUCAAUUUAUUAAAUCUGUAAACACCAAACCAAAACUCAACCUGAGAGCUGAGAUAAUCGAGUGAACCUGUGUGUGUGAUUUUAUUUUAUUUUCUUUAUAAAUCUUCCUGAUGCAAUGCUGUCCUUUCCAGGAUGCUGUAUUUUGCUGUUUAAAAGAUGUGAAUGAUGAUUUAUACUCAACACAAAGUUCAUAUUUUUACACAAGUGUUAUGAAGUGUGUGUGCAUGUUUACAGAGACAAUGAAACAGUAAACAAUCAAAUCCACCAAUAAAUCAAAUUUUCCAUUGAUGGACGUGUGAGUUUAAA